AUGAGAUCGGUCGCUUUCUCCGAAUACUUGAUUUUCUCGCUGCUUCUGAUCCAGGAACUUCCAUCAGCAAGCCAGAAUGCUCCCACAACCAGCUCAAGUCCUCCUGUAAUUCCAACAACUGCGCCUCCACAACCAACAACAGUGUCUGAAGUUACGGACGCUCCAACUGAACCAAGUGUGCCUCAUACGGGCACUUCGAGCAGAACCACAAGACACACUGGAUCUACAACUCCCUACGAUAACAUCUCUGACGCCACAACAGCUUGGACGGAGCCCACAACAACCAGUGAGUAUGUUACACAUGAUGGAAGAAUUGGCCAAGCGAUUCUGGUCCUCUUGUCCUGCCUGGGAAUAACUCUCGGCGCUGUAAACAUGAUAUUUGCGUGGCUGAUGGUCUGGGAGUUCCGAUUGAAGGAAAGUUUUACCAUUUUUUUUACUUGAUAUUACACUAGGCCAAGUGUAAUAUAAAUUGUAUCUUUUUAGCAUACACUAAGAGUCCGAAGUGUUGUGGAGAAACUGGAGUUGGCCGACAAGCGAAUGGGCAAACGCGCCUUCUCCGACGAGAUCCUGGGCCUGCUCCAGUCCAUCGGCUUCGACGCCAAUAAGUAUGAAGCCGAAGCCAGCGCUUACAUCAGUCAAUUUAACAGCCAAUAUUAG